AUGACAAUUAAUGAUAUCAAAUAAUAAAGAGUAUUCAAAAAGUCAUCCCUAUUGAUAUUACAAUGCUUGUCAUUUUAGAUGAUACGUACAUACAUUAAGUUAAUAAUGAUUACAACAGAAAGAGAAUUACAACUACCAACUUAUACGAUUAUAAUUUUUUAAUCUCUAAAGUUGUUGCCAUUAAACGUAACCUAUUCUCAACUCUUAGCUGAUACUAAUGAGUGAUGUUAGUAUGUUCUUGAUUAUCAAAAUUUAACCAUUAAGCAAAAAGAGUUUUAGAUUUCUAUAAAAAAAUUUGACAACUUUCAGAAGAAAUAACAUCUCCUUAGGUGAGUAAUUUUGGAAAAAAGAAUAAUCGUAAUAUAAAGCAGAAAAGUAAAAUUAAAUACUCACCCAAUCACUUUUAUUAUUUACUCUAUUUUCAACAAUCCAAAAUAUCUACAUUGAUUAUGAUUAUCCUGUCUAUUGUACAUGUUUAUAAUUUUCAAGGUAACCAUUUUCUUAAGUUUGCAAACUCUCAUUCUUAAAAUCAUAUCAUAUUCUAAAUUUCAAAUAAAUUUGCUAAAAAAUUCUUUUCAUUAAGAAACUGAUUUCAUUCUCAGAUUAAUAAUAAAAUUAUUACAAAAUCAUUCUUUUUUUUAGCUACUCAAAAAAAUAUAUAUAUUUUAUUAUUAAUUAACAUUCAUUUUUCACACAUCAGUAUUCCAGGGAAAAGCAAAAUAAAGGUAAUACUAUCAUUUAAAAUUACAAGGAAGGUUUAUAUAAGCUUCGAAUUGA